AAAAUCCUACUUCAAGUGGUCCUGAAUUUGUUAACCAAGAAUAAUGGGGGGAACGGGCUAUCGAUUCCCAAUCCCUGUCCGUCCUGUUCGUGUAAAAACUGUCAACAACUGAGUGCCGAGACAGCGGCGGGGGUGGCUACCGGUGCCAAGUUGGCCGACCCUAUUGGACAGUUAGCUAACGCUAUCGUAGGUGUGGAGCAGUGGAAGUUGGAUCUGUUGAAGCAAAAGAUCAACGCCGACGCCAGACUUAUUAAUAGUAAAAUCAAUUUCGACUUAAAUCUCAUUAAAUCUAAUCUCAAUUUGAAGCAAUCCAUCAUCAAUUCAAUCGCCAAUUCAGUGAAUGGAGUGAACAAACAAAAUGAUCAAGAACAAAUCAACAAGAAUCACGAUUUAGAUAAACAACCCAUAAGUGGUCAACAACACCUCCAAUAUACCGGUGCCACCGGUGAUGAUACCCGGCCUAAGAUCACGGACUCGGAGGCAUUGAUUUGGAGCCACAAGAAUGCGAACUCGGAGUACAUUAAUGCCAACAAUUGUCUGCAAAUAAUCAUAGAUUUGUGUACCUGUGCUGCGAAGGACAUGGAUCUGACAAAAGUGAUCCGAUCCCAGAUCGACAUCAUAUCUAACCAGUUGUCCCACAAAUCAUAUCAAUCGCUAAUUCAUAGCUCAAAUGAAUCCAAUUCAUCAAUCGGUUCAUCCAGUGAUGAAGAAGUGGCUAAAUGUCGAGACAAUGAGAUUGAAAACCUGCGAAACACUCAGAAUCUAUUGCGAAAGAAGUAUAAGUUGUUGUGUCUAUUGAGGUCAGAGUUGGCGAACUCCCGGUGCCAGUGUCUGUCCAAAUCGCCAUCAAAUGGCAACGUAUUAGCACACCUGCGAAAGUCUGAGCUGAACUCGAGGAUGUGGUUCAGACAAAUCAGACUCAUUGAGACUAAGAUGGAGUGCAAACGCCUGUCCCUACCUUUCGAUGUGAUUAAAGUGAUGCGACAACUGUUCAAAACUAAUGACAAUAAUUUCAACGCAAACCCAAUGCCUAUCACUAGUUUAGACUACAAUAAUAAUAACAGCAAUAAUAAUCAUCAUAUUAUCGAUAAAAGCCAUAAUAAUUGCGUGAAAAAUGAAAAAUUUAGCCCAAAUGAGGAGUCAGGCGCUGAUGGGUUAGGGGCUAAUGGUUAUGAUGACAGCGCUGGCUAUCAUACUAAUGAAUAUGAAAACGAGAAUUCAUUGUCAAAAUCGACAAAAAAUAUGCAAAUAUUACGAUUUGAUUCAUUGCUAUCUGUGAGUGAGACGGAGGAGCCGGCGCUCAUACUACAGCCCAUCAACGGUAAUGACAUGAACGUCGAUAUGACACCAAAUAUGGUGGAAAUGGAUUGCGAGGGCCGCACCUUUCAGGAACUACAUCCUAUUAAUAGCCAUGAGGUUGCACUCAAUUAUACGGCACACGAUAUAUCCAUAAUGAGAUCAAGUGCCACGGUGGUGGCCAGUGGUGUCGAGCACCAGGAGUUUGAUUAUAGAGAUAGUAGUGCUGAAGGUACAGAUACUACCGGUGCUGCACAUUAUAGCAACGAUUUACUGCCACAGAUGACUGCCAUAGAAAUCGACCAGAUUUUGAAUAACUAAUGAAAUGAAACUUCAGUUUCAAGUCUAUAGUCCAUAUUUGGGUCUAAAUUAUUGCCACAAAUGUU